UUUAGUUGAGCUGUGCAGCCAUUAUCAGGAGCUGGAGGUGUGUGUUCAUGCAAUGAUUAACCAUCACACACUGAGGGGUUAAAGAGCAUCUCUGAGGAGUCAGUCUGUCCGAGUCCCGUCAGCAGAGAGGAAGCGUCUCUAACCGACUGAUCCACUAGCAGAUCAGAACAUUCCCUUAAAGUAAAUCCAUCCCCAAACACAACUUUUUUUAAACAUAAGCUUUAAAUCUAGCAGACUUUCUGCUCCCAUGGAUCAGCUUUUUGACUUAGAUCCCACAGAGGCUGUGAAAAAAGUGUCCGGCUUGCUGGGCUGCAGUCCGACCUCUGAGAAAGUAGCCGAGUACUUUGACGAAAACGACAAACUGCGACACCUCAGGGGGAACUUCCUGGUGCCUAAAAUUGCCGACCUGCCUCCCUCCGAUCUGUCGCUGGUGGAUGGAAGCGAAGAAUGCAUCUACCUGUGCGGGAACUCUCUGGGCCUCCAACCUAAAAACGCACGGAAAUAUCUUGAAGAGGAGCUCGACAACUGGGCCAAACUAGCUGUUCAUGGUCACACCAUCGGGUCGAGGCCUUGGGCGUGGGCUGAAAACAACCUUGAAGACAUGAUGGCAAAAAUUGUUGGAGCUAAAACUGAGGAGGUAGCACUGAUGAAUGGCCUGACAGUUAAUCUGCACCUUCUAAUGCUGUCCUUCUACAAACCAACUUCAACUAGACAUAAAAUCCUUCUGGAGGACAAGGCCUUUCCUUCAGAUCACUACGCCAUAGAGUCUCAGAUCCGCCUGCGAGGAUUUGAACCUGCAGACAGCAUGCUGCUGCUCUCUCCCAGACCGGGAGAACACACCCUGAGAACUGAAGACAUCCUGGACGUAAUCGAGAAAGAAGGCGACGCCAUCGCUGUGGUGAUGUUUGGCGGGGUUCAGUUCUACACCGGUCAGCUGUUCGACAUGCAGGCCAUCACAAAGGCCGGCCACAGAAAGGGCUGCUUUGUUGGAUUCGACUGCGCCCAUGCAGUGGGAAAUGUUGAGCUGAAGCUGCAUGACUGGGAGGUUGACUUUGCCUGCUGGUGCUCCUACAAGUAUUUGAAUUCAGGAGCUGGUGGUCUGGCCGCGGCGUUCAUUCAUGAAAAACACAAAGAUACCAUCAAACCCACGUUGUUGGGAUGGUGGGGACAUAACCUGAACACUCGUUUUCAAAUGACCAAUGUGAUGGAGCUGCAGCCCGGAGUGAACGGCUUCCGGCUCUCUAAUCAACCCAUUCUUCUUGUCUGCUCCCUGCAGGCUAGUUUGGAGGUGUUCAAUAUGACGAGUAUGCAGAUGCUGCGGAGGAAGUCAGUACUCCUAACAGGGUACCUGGAGUACCUGAUAAAGCACUACUACACAGAGGACCCGGCCCAGCCUAACAAACCCUACGUCCAAAUCAUCACGCCCUCUGACCCCAAGCACAGAGGCUGCCAGCUGUCUCUCUCCUUCUCCGUCCCCAUCAAGAAAGUCUUCCAGGAGCUGGAGAAGAGAGGAGUGGCUUGUGACAUGAGGGAGCCCAGCGUGCUGCGAGUGGCACCGGCGCCGCUCUACAACUCGUUCAGAGACGUGCAUCGCUUCAUUGAAACCCUGGGAAAAGCUCUGGCUGCCAGCAGCACCUAGAGCUGAUGAAGAAAACUGCCUCAUCGACCUACAUGCACUGAAAGUCCUGCAAAUAUGCCACUAAUGAAAGAGGAAAAUUCACAUUAAAGAAUGAUAAAGUGCCUCUUAUUAACUAUGUUCAUCUUUGGCCAAGAUUUUACUCGUCGUCUAUACAGGGGCGGACCUAGAUGGGGGACCAGGGCAAUCAUUGGCCACCCCUACCCUCUAAAACAGAUGGUGGAAUA